AUGGCCACGACAACUUACGGAGCCCGUUUGCCGCUACAAUCACGUCAUCACUUCUCGCAGCAACCGUCAGCCUUGUCAUCUUCAGGCGAUGGUGCCAUGAACCGUCUUUCGACGCUAGAGUCAUCCAACAACGAGAACAACAAAGCCAGGAUCACAUCAUUCUCAACAUCAACCCAUCAGCGCGGCUCUCAACAUUUCCGCGGGAGAAGCCAAGAGAAGGACUCCGCCACUCUAGCACAGAUUGGUCAUCCAGCCUUUGGUGGUGUUUCUAACAAUGCAAAGCCGACCCGAUCCGAAAGCGUUGGUCGUUCGGACCGUGGACGAUCCAAGUCCAUUCAGAGAGGCCCAACCCAGAGAUCUACAUCAGCCAUCCGAGCCAAACCUGAUGGAAACAACUCGGACAACGAAAACAUCAUUAUCGAAGAAAAGCGAAGGCGUGUCAAUGGCGAUGGAUACACUCUGCAUCGUUAUCUUCGUGGCCGUCUGCUUGGCCGAGGGGGGUUCGCAAAGGUCUACUUGUGCACAGCGCUGGACACUAGCAAGAACUAUGCCGUUAAGAUUGUCCCCAAAGCAAAUCUAGUAAAGGCCAGGGCAAGGCAAAAGCUACAAGCAGAGAUCAAGAUCCAUCGACAGUUGAGACACGCCAAUAUCUGUGAGUUCAAGCACUUUUUUGAAGACCGCAACAAUUGCUACAUCCUCUUGGAGCUGUGUCACAAUCAAAGCUUGAAUGAAAUGAUCAAACGUCGAAAACGUCUGACAGAGCCCGAAGCAGCAUUGUUUAUGCGACAACUCCUCGACGCCGUCCUUCAUCUCCACGAGAAUUGUGUUAUUCAUCGCGACCUGAAGCUAGGCAACCUCUUUCUGGAUAGAAACCUUGGCGUCAAAGUUGGCGAUUUUGGACUGGCAACAAAGCUGGAGGAUGUCAAUGAAAAGAGAAAGACAAUCUGCGGUACACCCAACUAUAUUGCCCCCGAAGUCAUUCAGGGCGACAAGGCCACUCGCGGGCACUCCUUUGAAGUCGACAUCUGGUCCAUGGGCGUGAUUCUCUUCACCGUAUUAGUAGGCAAACCGCCAUACGAGGCCAAAGAUGUCAAAGCCACUUAUCAGCGGAUCAUCGCCAACGAAUACAGCUUUCCAAGCCACAUUCCUGUCUCUGACACUGCUAAGAAUCUCAUUGUCUCGAUGCUUAAAAGCAAGCCAGAGGACAGGCCAACUCUGACUCAAAUCUCCAACCACGAGUUUUUGGCUGAGCAUAGGCUGCCGACUUCAAUUCCCCUUGAAGCUACACAUACGGCCCCCGAAUGGACCUCCAACGCGUUUGGAGAAGUGGUCCCUGCUCGCUCAUCGAACGACAAGUACAGCGUUUCCAGACCCACUAAAAAGCCUACGUUGCCUCGUGGCGGAUCUCAGCGACGCCCAUUUGGCCAACGAGACCCAAAUGUCGAUGGCCCUGGUUCAGGAAACAAUCGUAUGAAGGAGAAAUCCAGUCGGGACGUCAUCAACGUGCAGGGUCUGGUGCAAGGUGCACAAGCCACUGCCAAUUCGCAGGGGACUCUCAACGGCAACAAUCGACCUUCGUCAGGAACAUCGUCAGCCAGCCCAUUUCAAAUCUACGACGAAACAACGGAGUCGCGUACACCCCGGGUGCAAUCCAUAAGCAGAGGAUCCUUUUCCUCUCGUCCAUCUCCUUCGAGCACGGACGACCUAGUGGUGAAAACCAGUGCGCUCUCAGUGAAGACAAACUCAGGGAGUGGCCGCAAGGAAGUUGCGAGGCCUGAUCUUGGUCGUGCCCAAUCCGGUGCCACAGUCGCGUCCGCAGCCGCCUCUAACACAGGUCAUUCAACUACCGGGAUGACGGUGGAGACCGAUUCCAAUAUCUUGCAUCAAAUGCUCGACAACUUGGAAAAUGUAAUGCUGGUCACGGAUUCCAGAAAGGGCUCCUAUCACUCUGUUUCCCCCCGGCCAAUUAAUCGAGGCGGACCAGACAAGUGGGUUUCACGCUAUGUUGACUACACAAGCAAGUACGGCCUUGGCUUCUUGUUGAACGAUGGAAGUGCGGGAGUGUACUUCAACGACUCAACAAAAACGGUUCUAGAUGCUAACGGCGUCACCUUCCAGUACAUUGAACGGCGCCGAAAUGAUGAAUUGAUUUCACCUCGGAGCAGCAAGGAGGCGUCGACUGCCACGUACACAGUAGACGUCUACCCAGAGAGCCUACAAAAGAAAGUCACCCUUCUCAAACACUUUCACAACUAUUUGGUGGAACAACAGAGCAAAUGCACCGACAACGGAUCUCCGAGCAAGGAUGGCGCCGAGCAUGACUACAUAUACAUCAAGAAAUGGGUUCGCACGAAGCAUGCUAUCCUGUUCCGUUUGAGCAACCAGACUGUACAAAUCGUGUUUUACGACCAAACCGAGAUCCUCUUGACGCCUGACCAAAGGUUCAUUACCUACGUGGACAAGUUCCGAAAGCGCCAGACAUUCCAUUUCAACGACGAGUUGGUCGGAAACAACCCUGAUUUUGCCAAGCGUCUGAAAUACACCAAAGACAUCAUGCAACAGUUGAUGACGGGACAACGACGCUAA